AUGGCAAACAACAAAUAUGAGUAUGUCAAGUGUUUUGAAGUUGAGGAUGAAGCCAUGUUUCCCAAUAUCAUCCUUGUUUGGAUCAAGGCUAGUAAACUUCAUAAACCUCAUGAUUCAAAUGCCUUGAAAUUGAUGAACUCUUGUGCUGUUGAAGUUCUUGAAGAGUAUGCAGAUAUAAUCCUUGCAUACGGGUUCAGUGAUGAGUAUACUUUUAUUUUCAAGAAGACCUCCAAGUUCUACGAAAGGCGUGCAAGCAAAGUGCUAUCCAUCAUUACUUCUUUUUUCUCAUCUGUCUUUGUGAGAAAAUGGGAUGAAUUCUUUCCACCCAAGGAACUAAAAUGUCAUCCUUCCUUACACAGGUGGUUCAUAGCUUGGGCGUCCAUAGAAGCUUUCCAAGCUUAUCUUUUGUGGCGGCAGACUAUUUGUCAUUUGAGUAAUCAACAUGAGCAAUGCCUUUGGCGUCUUGUUGAACAUGGAAUGAAUGAGAAGGAAGCAUGA